AUCUAUUCCACGAAUUUGUCAACUGCUUUAGCGUUUUAGUAUUACUUCUAACUUCAGCACUAACUAUUUCGAUUCCUUUCACCCCUAAAAAAAUAAUUCUCUCCAGCAUCUAUAAAUUCUCCGUAGACCCCUCACCAUCAAAACCAUCUUGCUGGAAGAGUAAAAGAGAGGUAACAUUUUAAAUAGACAAAAGAGAAAUGGAGAGUGGUGCUAAUGCAUUAACAAUGCCAAUGGAAAAUGUUAACGAUAUUGGGCUUAUUAAUUUCAUGGACGAGGCUAAUUUUGAACAAUUUAUUGAGCUCAUUAGGGGUGAAACAGCUGACCCUAUUGUGAAAUUUUGUCCAAACUAUGAAUGUGAACACCUUACAGGUUGUUUUGCUUCAUCCGACGUCCAAUUUGAGCCAACACCAAUGGAUAUAUUUGAUUGGAAUGCUACAAAUAUGUCCGAUCCGAUUUCAUUGUAUACUUCCCUUCCUGGAGAAAUUAAGAUCCACCGGGAAGAGGACGAGGAUGAGGAUGAGGAUGAGGAAGACAAUGAUUGUGGUGAAUCUUCUGCCACAACGAAUACUACCACCACCACGAGGGUGACACCACCAACACCUACAAAGAAGAGCGGGAGGACUGACCGGUCAAGAACUUUGAUUUCCGAGCGAAAAAGGAGAGGAAGAAUGAAGGAGAAACUUUACGCUUUGCGAUCCUUAGUUCCUAAUAUCACUAAGAUGGAUAAAGCCUCCAUAAUUGGCGAUGCAAUAUUAUAUGUACAAGGACUCCAAUCGCAAUCAGAGUUACUAAAGGCAGAAAUAUCAGGUCUUGAAUCAUCAGUAAGUGGAAUGAAUAACAAUCAAGGUGGACAAUUUCUAAAUACCAAGAAAAUGAAUUUCACGAGUCAAUUUGCAGCAAUCAAGAGGAUCUCUAAGAUGGACGUUUUUCAAGUAGAAGAAAAGGGUUUUUACGUGAAGUUAGUAUGCAACAAGGGACGUUACGUUGCAGCUUCUCUAUUCAAAGCUCUUGAGUCUCUUUCUGGAUUCAAUGUUCAAAGCUCCAACUUGGCUACUUCUGCUGAUGAUUAUAGUUUGACAUUCACUCUUAAUGUUAGAGAAUGUGAAGUGGAUAUGAACUUGGCCAAUCUGAAGCUAUGGAUAGCUAGUGCUUUUCUUAAUCAAGGGUUUGACUUCGAGACAUUACCAUUGGCCUAACGUCUCAUUAUUGUAAUUUUGUAAAAAUUCCAACCUUUCAAAGAAUGAGAAUGUCACUAAUCAUCGAUCAUCAUUUGUAACUUCGACAUUGUAACAUUAAAAAUUGAUUAGUA